AUGUCGACUUUCUGGUGGCCCGGCAUGGAAAAAGCAGUGAAGAAGUACGUCAAGUCUUGCACGCAGUGCAAAAGGGCCAAACUGCGCGGAGGAAAACAGUCGUACGGGCAUCUUCCGCCGACGCCAAUGUCCAACGAGAAUCGGCCAUUCGAUGUGUUUCACGUCGAUCUCGUUGGCCCGCUGGAAGGGGACUUUUACUGCCUCACUGCCAUUGAGCGCCAAUUUCGUUGGCUCGAGGUGAUGAUGCAGAGAGGGCGCACGUCGGCCACGACAGCGCUGAGUUUUGAG